UCAACUGACAGUUUAUCAAUAACAAUACAAAGCCUCUGCACACAUACAACAUUUGCAUUUGUUUUUAUUUUCCAUCCAAAAAGUAAACAAAUUAAUUUCAUAAUUUAUGACAAAACCUAAAAGCAAAUUUUCAGUUUAACCACAAAAGGUGUUAAAAAGUAACGGUUAUUAACAAACGAAUUCAAAAACGCAAUUUCAAAAUGAUGGAUAAAUUUCUACCGCAAGUAGCAGCAGUAAGUGCACAACAACAACAACAAGCAGCACAAACUCAGUCCUCAAAAUCGUUUAGUGUUUCGGAAGAACAUCGUCACUAUUUAAAAGUAUUCAUACAAACCUAUCACAAUUUGCCAAUUCUAUGGGAUACUUCUCUGCGAGACUAUACGAAUCGUGAUAAAAGGGCCGAUGCCUAUCAAACCUUGGUUCCCAUUUAUAGAUAUUUAAAGAGGGAUGCAACUUUGGAGGAUGUUAAAAAGAAAAUAAACACUUUACGCACUAACUAUCGCAAGGAGUUGAAAGUAGUGGAGGCAGCCCGCAAGCAGGGCAACCAUUAUCAACCUAGAUGCUGGACAUUUUAUGAAUUAGAUUUUCUGCGUAAUGCUGAAAAAUUUUUGGCCAUCGAUACUUCAAUUAUAAAACAUGAAACCUCCACAUCGUCGACAACACCUUCGGCCUAUAAUAGCUUUAGUGAGUCUGCUCAUGCGGGACAUUUUCUGGAUAAUGCUCCCUAUGGUUAUCUAAUGGGCAAAGGUAAUACCUCACCCAUGAGUAUAACGGAAAUGUUUCAUAAAUCAUUUGGUCAACAAAACAACAACAACCAACAGCAAAGAGUAGAAACAAAUGGCAAUCACACCACACCAUCCUUAGGUUUACCGGGUGGUAUACAAUCACAUCUUAGUACACCCAAUAAUACAACGCCAUAUCAAACACCAACAGCGGCAGUAUCCGCUAAUGCUAACAAACGCUUAAAGACAACCACACCCUCUUCGCCACCCGAUGAAAUGCUCAAUAUGGCCUGUGAUUAUUUGUCCUCCACCUAUCCCGAAGAGGAAUCUAUAGCACGCACCUGGACCUAUAAAUUAAAAAGAUUACCCAGAGAUCAGCGCCUAUUAGCCGAGAAAUUUAUUAACGAUAUUCUCUUCGAAGCUGAAUCAGGCAGUUUACAUCGUGGCUCUAUGCAGCUAAAUGCCUUAGAACCAUAUGUCCGUUUUGAGGAAUCCCAAAAUGACGAUAGUAGUCAGGAGAAGCCACAAAGUCCAAAUGUUUUGCCCAAUAAUACAACAAGUACAAAUACAGCACAGUCUUUGGAACCAACCCCCAAUGAGACGAACACUACACAUCAUUCUCCUUUAGCCGUAGGAAAUAUGCUAAUAAAUGAUGGUUCUACGGCCAGUGCCUCAAAUGAUACGGAUAAUAGUAGAAAUACUAGCGCUUUUAGCAGUUACAAUUGAUUAAAGAAGGAAUUAUUUUGUAAGAGAUAAGAAUGUGGUCUUGAAUCUUUGAAAGAUUUGUUAUGGGCAUGGCUUGAUGUUUAAAAAUUUAUAUUUUUUGGAAAUAUAACUUGUGAGCUACUGUUGCAAUAUUCUAUUUUUAAUUAUUUUUUUUUAAAUAUAAAGUUUAACUUUAAAGUUUCUUUUGUGUAAAACUAAAUAUUACGUUAAGAAUUUAUAGCCUAAAGUACAUGUAUGUUAGGUUACACCAGAUAUUUGGUGCAGUAAUAAUAAAAAGAAGUAGAUUUACAAAAACAAAAUUUUCUUUAAAAUAUACAAUUGUAAUCUUUUGGUACAAUACGGUCUUUAAAAGUGCAAUGGUACAAAAAUAACUCAUUUGAGAUUUAUUUCUAAUGUCCAGUCAGGUCUAUUGACGUGUCUAUAAUUUGGUCGGUUGACCUUCUAGCCAGGCAAUUGGCUAUGACAACCAGAUUGAGUGCAACUGGCAAAUGGAAGCAGUACCCUAAAAGUCAUGCUAGGUAUCUCAGAUAUCUCAUACCAAGUAAUCAAUAUAAUGUAUUGUAUUCCGAUAUCGUAUCUAGUGAGAAAGUUCCGAUAUCAUAUCUCUUCGGAUUCUUAGGAAUCUCUCCUUCCGCCAAAUAAUUGUUUACCAGUGUACACAGAAGGAUCCAAGACGGCGAAAGGAGUUGGCAAUUCCAUUGAUGAAAUUGGAACGAAAAUUUCCUUCCGACUUAAUGAUGAAUGGUGGCUCCUUCAGGCUGAAAUAUCGGCGAUGAAGAGGACGUUAAAUUGGCUAACUGUCGGAUAUCUAAUAUCAUAAUUUAUACCCAUAGUGAAGCUGCUAUUAAAUCCCUAAUUGGUGUGUUUUCCACAUCCAAACUUGUCCAUGAAUGCCGGACGACUCUAUAUGAGAUGGCGAACAACAUCAUAAUUUGGAUAAAGAGACACCGGAUUUCGUAUGGCAAUAGCAUUGCUGACUCCUUGGCAAGAGCUGGCACCAUGCUUAGCAGACUGGAAAUAGACCAGUUUUGCGGUAUUCCACUACUUACAAUAAAGAAGCAGAUUACUGAAUACUGCCUGUGUAUUGCUCGCGACAAAUGCUCACGAGAGCACACGUGCUCAACAGCUAAAGCGCUGUGGCCACAAAUGGAUCCAUACAGGUCUAAAUAUAUUCUUGGUCUUCAAAGACUGCAGCUAAGUAGGCUGAUAUCGGUUAUCACUGUAAAUUUGGUAAUCAUGCUAGACGCAUUGUUCUUUCGUUCAUUGAUUACUGCAGAAGUUUGUAAAACGAGGAUGAAGAAGAAACUGUUACUCAUAUUCUCAGCGAGUGUCCUGCUCUGGCGGAGGCCACACUUCGGACGUUUGGAUCGACAUACUUUGGUGAUCAGUCCGAUUUGGUGAAUAUUCAAUUAUAACGUCUCAAAGAUUUCAUUAAUCUGACAAAAUGACUGUGAAUCCAAUAUUCAUACUUUUUCAUCCAUGGCAACUGGCCUAGUGUCUUUUCUCUAUCUAAAAAUCUUACUGCUAUUCUCACUUCUCAUUACCAACGUCUCCAUUUCCACUUUUCCCUAUAUCUUUCUUUCUUCUCUUAAAGGUAUUAUUACAAAGGUAUCAUCAUGGACCCAAGUAAAGCCGAAACGGCUACCUGUGAUAACCUAUCCUAACCUAUUAGACUGCAAAUUUAUAAUUCCAUUUGUCAUCACCGAUAUACUACUUAAAGUCGAGUAUAUACAAUAUAAACAAUAUUCAAACUUACCAAUGAAAAGAUCGGAGCUGUUUACAUAAGAAACAAUUGUAAAAGGAACGAUU